UAUAUAUUUCUGUACUGCACAGGAGCCGUACUAUUGGUCGAUAUGGUUUCCCAUACGUUAGCUUAUCAGAAAAAUGAUUGUCACACGAUAAGGUAAAACAGUAGUAGGAACUGGAUGUUAACGAGCUGUCAGGGGCGGUGAUGUGACCUCACUGAUGACAUCGCUGUAGGGGUCGUCCUUGAUGUAACAAAGCUGCUCUGUGUUUGGAAGUUUUACUACUUCUGGAAAUCUUAUCUAACUCCGAAUGCUACUUUCUGUCAAUUCAAUUUUGAGAAAAAAAUAAACAGUACAUACAUGCUCUGUCAAGAUAAGUGAUAAUGAAUUCGAUGUCUCGAAACAAACUUAAAAGUAGAUAUUAAAUUCUAAUGUGAUCUUACCGGGAGUUCCAGGAUUGACAGAUUUAUAAUGAGGGAACAAGUAUAUAUUAUGUAACACAUACUUAGAGAGAAUUCAGAAGACACGGCACCAUGGACUACUACGAUGACGAUGACUAUGAUUAUAACUAUACUUUCUAUAAUUACACUUAUGAUUAUGAAGAAGCAAUCAGCCACUUACCACUGAAGGAGUUCAUACCUGUAGUAACCUUCUAUGCUAUAACUGGACUAGUUGGUCUGAUUGGAAACCUUCUGGUUGUUUUCGCCAUCGCUAACUUUCCUCGGAUGAGAAGUAUUACUAACUGGUUCCUUUUAAGUUUGGCUUGUGCUGAUCUGUUACUUGUGCUAGUUUGUGUCCCUGUCAAGGCUGCAGGAUUGUACUCCUACACAUGGAGAAUGGGUGAUUUCCUUUGUACCUUUGUUGCCUAUAUACAAAACGUUUCCAUGAUAUGUUCUGUGAUGACAUUAACCGUUAUGAGCAUUGAGAGGUUUCUUGCGAUAUUAUUCCCGUUAAAGGCCAGAUACAUCUGUACUAUGAAUCACACAAGGGUAGUAAUUGUGGCGAUUUGGCUUAUGUCUUUUGUGAUGGCAAUACCCAUAAUAUUUGGAAAGUACAUACAAGUUGUUAAAGGAGUAAAUCGGACAGCAUUAUGGUGUAAAAUCCAGUUUUCAUCGUUUUACUUCAAAUUGUACGAACUGUAUAUGCUAGUGAUUAUGUUUAUCAUACCAGUAAUGGUGAUGGCAGUCUGUUAUAUCAUGAUCUCUAUAGAAAUAUGGCACAUAGUCUCAAACAGAGCUAUGAUGCGUUCUGGCAGCGAAUGUCAAUAUACAUGUUCUGAACGCAUAAAGUCCUCUUCUUCUAAUGGAGAUUGUAACGGGAAAAUGAAGGUUUCGACCAAAAAACCACCUGCAGCAAACGAUGAUGAUGCAAGAACUAGAAAACAGGUCAUCAUGAUGUUGAUCGUGGUCGUAUUUCUGUUUGCUGUUUGCUGGGGUCCAAUUCUGAUCAAUAAUGUACUUGUAUCUUUUGGUAUCCUCAGUGACCUUCAUGACAAGGACUACCUGAAGCACAUGAGGAGUGCUUUCUCAUUAAUGUCGUAUGCAAACAGUUGUAUAAACCCCAUUGUUUAUGGUUUUAUGUCGAAAAACUUCAGAGACACAUUCAAACAUGCAAUAAAUAACUGUCUAAAGAGAGGAUCCUCUAUGGCAAGGCUUCCAUAUGUGACAGAUAUCACUAGAGGGUCCAUUCUAAAGUCCAGUAAUAGCGCUGGAAGUGACGAAAAAGAAACUGGAUUCAUCCGCGUUGAUAAUAGCAAAGGAAAUUAUACUGCAGUUGAGAUGAAACCCAUUCGAUAUGAAUAAAUAUGACAAAAGAUUUACUUAUCUCUCGUUGGUAGGUUAUCAUUAGGCUCUGAGAUGUAUAUAAACUCUGUAUACAUGUAUAGCGUAAAUUGUGAUGCUAUGUGUCAAUUCAAAAGAUAUAUAUUAAAUUGUUUUGUUUUUUUAUAAUUGGUUUAUAAAAGUUAUUUUUAGUAAUAGUCAGAAUUCCAACUCGUCAGGUUUGUAUUUAGUUUCACAUAUUUGGAGAAUGUUUCUACAACGGAAAAAAUGAUUUCAUAACUUUAAAAUCUCCUAAUUUAUCGACAUUGAAUGUCCAGAAAUAUUCAACAUAAGAAGCGUAAGUACGGAUAUUAAGGACACUGUGGAUAGAUAUUAAUGAACAUAGCGUACGUACCAGGACAUGAUUUUGGUGAUAGUUGAUAAAGGCUCGGAUGUGAUUUUAGUAUACACACAAGGAUCCAACCGUUAAACAAUUUUUAAGGUUACUAGGUUGAAAUAGACAGAGGGUAGAAGUCUAUUGAUGUUUGAUAGAAAAAAAGUCAUUGCCAACUUAUGUAUAAAUAACAUGACUUUUUGUAUGACUGAAGAUGAAAUUUAUUAAUUGCAAUCUCAGGUUUUAAAAAAACAAAGGAAGGAUAAACAGUCCAGAAUGUUUUGUGAAAAGAAGAGCAAUCAAAAUGUUACACAUAUAUUAAGAAAAAAAAAUAUUCAAAACUUGCAUUCUGCCUUCUGUUCUAAUAUGUGCCCUUGCUUUCCUUUUGUAGGCGUGCAAAAUAUUUAAAAAUCGCAGUUUACACAACCAUAUCAAAAUUCAGGAGUUGCAAUAUUAACACGAGCGAUGUAUCACGCUCGUUUUGUAGUAGUGUAACACUUAGGGGUAAUAUGUGAAGUGAUUGUUUUGACUAAAACGGCGGAUAACGUGACGACAUUGUAUCAAUGAAUUAAUUAACAAUUAAAAAAGAUAGUUUUACAUUCGUAAUAUUUACUUUUCUGUGGAUGUCAAUACUGAUAAAGUUAAAUUCAAACAUGACGAAUUACAAGAUGUAAGAAUAUUUUAUAUAAGAAGAUCUAAGGACAAUAUUGAUUGGCUAAUGUAUAUCAAACGUAAGCUGCGUCUGCAGAAAGAAAUGUAACAUGAUGUUUAGCACUUGCGUUUUGUAUCUUAUGAAAUCCUUUAAAAAAGUGCACUUGAGACAAGAAACAGACUUAUGUAACGUACCUAUGCAUUUGAUGUUCAUUUAAAAACCGGAAUAUUUUAGAGGUUAUGAAAAUAAAAAAUAAAAACAAUGCCAUUU